UUGGAAGUAACAAAUGUCAAACUGGGGGCAGCAAGAACAAAGAGUGAAAUAGAAAAAAAAAGAAACAAGCUGCAAAGCAAAAUGGAUGGACUCCUGUCAGACAUGGAAAUUCUUAAGGCACCUAUUGAACAUUGUAAGGAGCUUUUAGUAGAAAAGGAUCGGGAGCUAAUUCAUAAAGUGCAAGCUGCCAAAGAGGAAGUUUCUGAAAAAAUUGCAGUCUUACAGGAUGAAAAGUUAGAACUUGAGAACAAAUUAGCUUAUCUAGAGAUGAUGAAACUGGAACAAGUUACUUUGAGACAAUCUGAAAAGGAUCAGUAUGAAGAGAAACUAUAUGUGUUACAGAUGGCAGAAGAAUCUAGCAAAAAGGAACUUCAGUGUUUGCGGACUUUUGAAUGCAAACGAAUGGAAUGGCUGGAGGAGAAGCACCUGCUUACUCAGCGCAUGACAGAGAAAGAAGACAAAUACAACCAAAUGAAGAACAAGCUAUGUUGAGCUGCUGUUGCUCAGAAAAAGAGAAAGACUCUCAAUGAUAAUAAGCAAAGGAGGAUGAGAGAGAAGCUAGAACUUUUGGAAGCCAAGAUAGAAGAGCUAGAAAAAGAAAAGGAGCAGCAUCAAAGAGAGCUUCCCCUGCUUCGCAAGAGGCUGGAUAGACUAGAAACCACACAGAGAAAACACCUGCAGGAUCUCGGACCAUCCAGAGAGUGAGUACUGGUGGGCACACACAGGAACUUGGCUACAAACAAGAUCACUGGAGAAGGCGAUGCCCAGAGUGAGGACUACAAAUAAAAACAGUGAACUCUC